AUGACCGACUCGGAAGCAGGCAAAGCAUGGCCUGACCCCUUGAACCGGGUACCCACCACCGCAAGCAGUGAGUGGCAAGGCACUCUGCAAGAGCAGCUCGCGACCUGGAACUGGCACGAGGCCGAAUACCACCAAGGCCAUCACUGCGAUUUCACUAAUGAUGGUAAUGGGUACAACCGCAUUGGUGUUGCGCUCGCUGCACUCGAGCUAGACGCCAAACCAGCUACCGAAGGAGGAAAGAACAGGGGCUACUCGGUUGAACACCUAGAUCCCGAGGAAGAGUACGAAAACGGAGAGCAUGUACCGGCCAACGACCAAAUGUACGCCGUGGGACGGGACACGUACACCGCUACUGGAGGACAUUACCGCUUCGUCAUCAACGCAGAACAAGGAGCGCUCUUCGUCCAGUCCCUCGACGCACCCCGCCACGCAGCAACGCAGAACUGGGCCCACACGCCCCGGCCCAACGAACUUCCCCGUCUCCAGUUCGCGUCAGAUGUCUUAGCGGCUUAUUGGUCAAGAACGCCUAAUCCGAAGGGUUUGAAGUAUUACUUCGCGAACAAUGUGGUUAACGAGGAGACAUUACCUCUGAUCAACAAGAUACUGCAGGAGAGUGGGUAUGACAGGAUACCCGAGUGGCCUGGUGUACGUGUUAGUGCGGAUAGCGAAGAAGGGACUGUUUUGGUUGGUAGGUUGGCGCUGUCUCUUUUCUCCUAG